UCGUACAGCAAGCACCGCGGCCGCUCCCUCCGCGUGCUCUCCGCUCCCUGGUCGAGCGCUCGCAGAUCGCGCGUUCGUCUCCGCUAGUGCCGGGCUCUGUUGUUAGUGCUUUGUAGUGCACUCGAUGUGCGAUUUUAAAGUGUUGUAGAUAUGAUCAAGAUGAAAAGGAUUUGCCACCUGAUCUUUAGACUGCUGUUCCUGUUGGACGGUGGAGUCUGGUCCCUCCGCAACCUGUCCAUCUCAGUCCCUCGCGCGGUCUUGUCCGGUGAGGGCCAGUCGGCCGUCCUCCGCUGCUCCUACGACCUGGAGGGCGCUGCGCUUUACUCCAUCAGGUGGUAUCGUGCGGAGACAGAGUUCUACCGGUUCGUGCCGCGGGAAAUGCCUCCUACUAUGGUGUUCCCGCUGCCUGGAGCUUCAGUUGAUUUGACACAAUCAGACCGUCACCAAGUCCGCAUCGUGAACAUGAAUCGGCGGUUGAGCGGCGACUAUCAGUGCGAGGUCUCCGCCGACGCGCCGCUCUUCCACACUGAUAUACGCUCAGCACCACUUACAGUCGUUGAUCCCCCAUUCCGGGCACCGCGUCUCACAAUAUCCCGGGGGAGCUACGCGCGAGGCGACGUGCUGAGAGCUAACUGCUCGGUAGACGAAGCCUACCCUGCGCCUAAUAUCACUUGGAUAUUGGAUGAACAUAAGAUAGCAGAAACAGUGUCUUGGCGUCCCUCGGAGCUGGACUUCAAGGAACGAGGGGCGUUCAGCCAACUGGAGAUCUCGAUUUUGGAGGCAGAGCACUACAAGAUGGGCUUGACGUACACCAGCUCCAAUCUAAACAGGGCCUACCAGGAUCAUUACGUUUACGACAAAGUCGAUAAAGAAGACAAGGAUGUGUUGAGGUAUACCCUAAUCCCUCCACCUAACGGUCAGUUUGCUCUAAGCUGCAUCGCCACCAUAUACGAUAUCUAUGCGCGGAAGAGUGAACCGGUCUACAUCAAAGAAGACGCUCCUCAUCCUGCCUCUGUUACCGGAGAAGAUUCCUCAGGUACAGCAGCAUCCAACAGUUUCCUACUGACAUCCGUGUGCGUGUGCGCAUCGCUCCUAACGUUAUGAUUACAUGUCACCGUAUAACGCCAUCUAGCGUCCGAGAAACUCAAUUAAACUACAGUUGCAGAGUUGUUUGGUCAAAUAUUGGACAUCGCUUGGUCUUGGGACGCAUGUAUGGUGUAUGCGAAUUGUUCUUUUCCUUUUGUAUUGUUUAGAAGAAUUUUGGACAUUUUGUAAGGUGCUCUAAUAGGCUACUUAGGGAAUAUUAUAGGAAAUUUUGAACCUGUCCUCGGUUUGUUUGUCAUGCCAAAUGUAUGGACUGAUUUCGAUAAGGUUUAUACUAGUGGUUUGGAGUUGUAGCUGAAUUAUAGUGCAAGAUUUGGUAUACUUAGUAUCUGCAAAAAAAAGGUUGUUAUAGAAAACAUGUCACAUCACUUGAUAAUAUUACAGGCACAAUUAACAUGUCAAAAAUAAAAAUAACGAUAUAAAAAAACAAGAUUAAGAAAAACCUGAGAAAUAGGAAACAGAAUAAAUAAGAAAUAAAAUACCUAUUCGUGUCGAUGUUGUAUGCAGUCUCUACUAUAUUUUAGAAAAGAUUUGACUCACUUUUGCACUCAGACAAAUCUUGACCUUGAGGUCCAUAAUUCUUAUUUAACUUAUCACAAUAUUGCUAAAACAACAAAGCCAAUUAAUUUAGUAUACAAGAUAAAUGAAAUACUAAGUCAGUUCGCAGAUAAUCUACAUCAAAUCCUGCACACUUCCUAAACUUUUGUUCAAAUGUUGGCUAAGCGAAAUUAUAGUCUUAUGUAAACUAAGACAUUCCAAUUUGUAUCUUAUAACAUAAAGAAUAAGGGUUAUGUAAGGACAUGGGUAUUGUUUCCGGAGAUAUUUGACCAAAUACCUCCAGAGCAUUAUGUAAGGAAACUGAAUGUUGUGAUAGAAAGUUAAUAACCAGAGGAGUACGUGUGGGGCUAACCCCACUAGUUUAAAUGCUUGUAAAUAUUUAAUGUUUUUUAUAAUAAUAAACUUAUUAAACGUGAAAAAUAAUUUCUUAUGUUUACGCGAAUGUUGGAAUUAAAAUAAAACUAUUUUACGUUUUUUAUCUCGGUUAUUUAUAUUAUUAUUUUCUCACGUUUUGAAGAGUUUGCAGCCGUCAUGUAGAAGACCUUUUCAGUAUUCAAGCCCCACCUUGAUGGGGGGACUGAAACUGAUAGUAUAAAUAACCGAUAAUAUAAUAUAAUAUAUCGAUAAAAACCGUAAAUAGUUUUAUUUCAACAUGAGAAAUAGUUUGUGUAGUAGGUCCUUCCUAUGUGAGAAUUGUUUAGAUAAGUACCAUGCUUUGUCUAAAUCUGCUGUCAAGGAAAAAUAUUGUGUUCCUCUUUGAAAUAUUAAUAAGUAGGAGGUGUCUUAAUGCUUAAAUCUGUCGUAAAUAAAUGGCUGGUCUCUUCCAUCUUAGAUGGGUAAGUUCCUUUCUUUUUUAUAAAUGAAUACCAAGAGACUUUAAAAUAACACAAACAGAGAAAGUUGGAAAAAAAUACGCUAUAUGCAUCCAUCGACGAAUAAGCUUAUAAUUUUAUUUAUUUAGGACAGAUACCAUCCUAUUAGUGACGCCCUCGGUCCUCCCCUUCCCUCUAGCAAAACAGAGCUCUAAGGAUAUUUUGAGAAGCACAAAAGAACGAAUCAUGCAAUAACCAUCUGUAAUUGGGUUGCUUAAAUUUUUUUAUAAUGGAGAUAUUGUUUAAUUAAUUUCAUUAUAAAAAUACUACAAUUAUAGAUUCCGUGCAUCUCCUCCUAAAGGUGACAUUAUUUUGAUUUGCAAUCAACACAUUAGAUUUAUUAAAGAAUAUUUUGGUAGUUUCAACUUUAAAAAACAACUUUUUUUUUAUAUUCAUAUUUUUUUGCUUUUUCUUGUCCGUUACUCGCGCGCCGUCGAAUAUGAAACAAGUUACUCAAGGCCGUUUACUCGGAGAGAGACUUAAAAUUAGAACAUUUAGGAUUACCUAUUAUAUAAUUCUUGAGCUCCCAGAUCUUAAAUGGCGACAUAAAUUUAAUUUGAUUGUAGACCUUUAAAGGUGUCCUACAUUUUAAUCCGUUUGUCUUAAAUCAAAAUUUAUGGUCAAAAUUAAUGUAGUCAUCAUUGCCCAAUUUUGUGAAUGCUAUCUAUCUUGUGGUAUCUGGGGCGUAGGCAGAGGCUAGUGGCAGUAAAGAGCUCGUGUCCCUUAUAGAGGUGUCUCCUUCAAAAUCUCAAAUUAAAUUUGAGCCUAGUUUAUUUUUGUUAGAUACUGGAAUCUUUUUUUUGCUUUGAAUGACGAGACGUGCUUGCCGUCCGCCUGAUGGUAAGCGACACGACCGCCCAUAAACAAUAGAAACGCCAUCCGACACCUUGAAUUACAAAGUAUUGUUUGGUAUUCCACUGCGCUCGCCAUCCUGAGACGAGAGAUGUUAAGUCCAGUAGUUACACUGGCUACAAUGUAUCUAAAUUAACGCACUUCUUUGCCUGCGUAAUUUGUGAACAACAUCCCUAAUUUAUUAAUUAAUAAUUAUUAAAAUAUAAUUUUAUUAUUGCCAAAAUGAGUUUCACAGUUGACUCGUCCUCUAUUUUCUACGUUGGUAAUUAGAUAGGCCUUUUAUAGGUGUUGUCAUUUCGUGUCGUUUAAUCAAUUAACGACCUUAUAAUCAUGUGUUUUAACAUAGUUUUUGCGUCUUUCAGAUUUCGUAACAAUACUUAUAUGUACAUGUAUUUGAUACAAAUGAAAUCUGUUAGACGGAAAAACGUCCCAACAGCCGUCCUAUAUUUCUCCACACGCAGCGCUUUACAGCCAUAGUUCCUAAUAAACAGAACGCAAAAUUGGACAAGCGGAGCGUUUUGCGUUUUAUUUACAUAAUAUUAUUUUUUAAUUGUGAUAAAGGAAGGUAGCAAUUAACAUGUUUAAUUUUAAGUGCCACAGUUAUUAAUAAAUAAUAACGACACUACCUAGAAAUUAGGAAUAAUGGCAUUGCACUAUAAAUGUACAGCCAGUCACAAAAGCAGCUGAACGAAUUAAAUAAUUCAAAUCGCUAAAAAAUUGUCUCCGUUGUAAAUUAUGAGUAGCUGAACAAAUUCAAAAUUUCAAAUCGCCAUAAAAUUUUGUCUGUAUCAACAAACGUUUCACUAAAAUAAACUUCAGAUGGUUAACUUCAUUGGACAACAAUGAAUGAAUUUCGAUUGAAGUUAAUGUGUAGAAGCGAUUUGGAUUUGAAUUUGUUCAAAUACUUUUGUGCCUGACUGUACACCUUGUGAUAUAGACGCCACGAGAUCUGAUAAACCGACUUCCAUAAUAAAACCAAACAAACAAAAACACAUCACGCAUUUAUUGUUUUCUAUGAGCGUAACUAUUAUAGAAAGGUAUCUUGGCUACGGCCUCAGGCGAGUAACUUAGCUCGUCUCUUCAAUAUUUUUACUUAUUAUAUAAAAUGACUCAAAAUAACGCUCAGUACCUCUAGGAAUUUACGCUUUAGUAAUGUAUUCGUAUUAAGUAAGUUAACGUUUACGUAUUUCUUUUGCUUGACAAUACUAUACGUCGAAAAGAGAUUCAUACUCUAUUCCCUUGGUUUUUCAGUUCAUUAUGGCUAAACGAUUAACUAUUCGAAUUACUCGCACCAAAUUUUCACGCGAAUUUUAGUUCCAAAUUCGUUUACGAGGCGCUGUUCAAUAUACAAAA